CCCCACGGCGAGCCCCAACCUGCUGGGCUCGGCACAUCCCUCCCGCCAGUGCGGGCCGAGGCGGCCGGGCUGAGCGGCAGCGCUCGGCGGGCUGGAGCAGCAGCAUGCCCUUGCCGAGGCGCCGGUCGUCCUUCUUGGGGCAGCAGCCCUCUUCCACCGCGGCCGAGGGCUCGGGACCGCCCGGCCGCCGGGUGAGCGUCGGGGGCGGAGGGAGCCUGUCGAGACCCCCCGGCGUCUACGUGGGCACCGUCCCCACCGGCGGCGUGAGCAGCUUGGGCACCCGAGUGUCCCGCAGGGCCCUGGGCAUCAGCAGCGUCUUCCUCCAGGGUCUGCGCAGCUCCUCCGCCGCCGUGCCCCUGGCCCCGGGGCUGGAGAAGGGCAGGGGCCUCUCCUACGAGAGCCUGAACGGCUGCUUGGUGGAGUACAUCGAGAAGGUGCGAGCUCUCGAGCAGGUCAACCAGGAGCUGGAGGAGCACAUCAGAGUCUACCUGGACAAGAAAGCGGCCAGCGUGGGCAGCUGGGGAGCGCUGCGGGAGAACUGGGAGGCGAUUUACCAUCAGGUGGGCGAAGCAGUCCUUGAAAAUGCUCGUCUUAUGCUGCACACCGAGAACAUUCAAGCCUGUGCUGAAGACUUUAAAGACAGGUAUGAAAAUGAGCAGCCAUUCAGAAAAGCAGUGGAAGAUGAAAUUAAUUCCUUGUAUAAAGUGAUUGAUGAUGCUAAUUUAACUAAAAUGGAUCUGGAGAGUCAGAUAGAGAGCAUGAAAGAAGAACUAACUCUGCUGUCAAAGAAUCACGAAGAAGAUGUGAAGGUAUUAUACAAGCAGCUUGCUGGAUCUCAGGUGGAAGAACUUGAUGUUCCCCUGGGAAGUGGCCUGGACGACAUACUGGAAAAAAUCAGAAUCCACUGGGAGAGAGACAUUGAAAAGAAUCGCGCUGAGACAGGUGCCCUGCUCCGUACCAAGCAACAGGCUGAAACGACGGCUGCCGUGCGAACCCAGGAGGAAGAGCUGGUGGAGGGCCUGAGAACCGAGUUCCAUGAAACUGCCUGCAAAAUACAGAGCUUGCAAGCAGAAACUGAAUCUCUGAGAACCUUGAAGAGGGGUCUGGAGAACUCUUUAUACGACGCCAAGCACUGGCACGACAUCGAACUGCAGAACCUAGGCUCUGUCAUUUCCAAGCUGGAGGCAGAGAUGGGAGAAAUCAAAGUAGAAACCGAGCAGCAGCAGCGGGAUCGUGAAAAUCUGCUGACCAGCAAACAACAGCUGGAGAAAGACAUUGCUGCAUAUCACUGCCUUCUGGAUGGAGAACAAAGCAGCUGAUUAUGAAACUUCCAGCCCACAGAAGACCAUUGCCAUUAAAGCAAAAGAAGAUGUCACUGCCAAUUAUAUUCGUGGAAGCUGAAAACCCAUCAAAGCAGCCUGCUUUAUUCAGUUUGAUUCAACAAUCAAAGUAGGUUGUAGCUUGAACAACUUUAUUAGACCCUCCUCAUGCAAUUGCUUUGCUUACAGAUUUCCAUUUACUCAUGUUGUUAAAAUUAUAAUAAAAAUAAAGAAUAUCA